CGUACCGUAACCAAUCAGAGGAUUGUUUUUCUGGCACGUCGGUGCACGGAUAGUAAGCUAACGGAUAUUGCAAACAUAAACUAAUAUAAAGAGCGCGUGUUCUUGCUAAAGGCUGUAUAGCACGGGAAGAUUUCUUUAAUAUGACCGAGUAUUUCUUAUUGAACUUGUAUUCGUGAAAAUGUGGUGCGGCCAUCAUUGCGAGGACACACGAAUUGGGUAACGUGAGCUAACUAACGUUAGCUGUAGCCUGCUAAUUUUUAACGUUCCGCAAGGCCGCGGAGAAAUACAAGAGCUGCUUCCUGUUCUUGCUCCAUUGAGAAUGUAGGUUACAUUACGGUCCGAUAUACAACAUCGCAGCGGUUAUCCAAGGAGCAAGUUCAGUUGUGUAAUCGAUUGCAUUUAAGUUUGUUUUAGUUGUGCUUGCGGGCUACCUAGCUUGUUAGCUAUUUGGCUAGCUAGCUAGCAUGAGUGAACUGACGGGCUGCAAACAGUCCGCUGACUCUGCAUCGAGGAAACGGUGUCCAUCACCCGACCGCGAUGAAAGCGCCACGAUCCCCUGCAAGUCCACAAAAGUAAGUGACGCAACAAAUGAAGCCGGGGUCACUUCGGAAAACUGCAAAAACAGUGACGCUGAGAGUAAAGAAAUAGCCGCCAGCGAGGGCCAGUCAAAAGAUAACGUUAGUGAGGGGAAACCAGCUGCUGUGCAAGCGGAUCAGGGUUCAGAAAGCACGGAUCGCACCAGUGCACUGCCUGUCAACAACUCCAAUGCUGACGCUCACGAUGCCAGCAACACAGAAAAACCACAGUCCUCAGAUGCACAUGGAUCUGCUGACGCAAAGGCAGAUACAGAGAAGACAGCAGGAAUAAAGCAGCGUCCCUCAGCUUCUCUGGACCAGACCGACUCAGCAGCCAUAGCAGCUGCUGAAGCACUUGCCAGUCUCACAGGAGGAGACGGGGAAGACAGUCAAGAGACUCCUUGCUCAUCUGAAAAGGCUAACGUUAAACAGGUGAAACAGGGGAGCAAAUUCAAACAACGUGGGGGCCACCAGUCCUCAAGAACGGGCUUUAAAACGCAGGCAGCUGCUGCAGAUAGCUCCACAUCUGUGCACAGUACUGACAGAGAAGAUGCAGAUGAGAUGCCAGAAGCAGAUGAAGGUGAUGAAUCCAUAUCUGGAUCUUCCUCCACUCCAAGCUCCUCUUUCCCGUCAGACAAUGAGGACAAUGAUGAUGGGGAGUGUGCCAUUGUGUCAGUUAAGAUGGCCCCAGAGAUGAGACAGUCGGUGGCUCUUCUGGCGCAGGUACAGAUGAGACUGGAAGCUCUUGAGAAGAAAAACGCCCGGCUUCACCAACGGCUGGAGCUGAAGAUCAGUCGUCAGCGGCGCCCACAUCUGGAUCAGCGCAGCUCCAUCACAAAAACUAUUCCUGGCUUCUGGGUGACAGCUCUGUUGAACCAUCCUCAUCUCUCAGCUCACAUUGACGAGACUGAUGAAGAUGCUCUGAGUUACAUGACUGAUCUUGAGAUUGAGUCCUUUAAGAAUAAUAAACUGGGCUACAGGAUCCGCUUCCACUUCAGACGGAACCCGUACUUCCAGAACAACAUUAUCAUGAAGGAGCUGCACCUUGGGAUGGGAGGAUCGCCCAUGUCCUUCUCCAACCCCAUCCUGUGGCAUCGUGGACAGAACCUGACGGCCCACAGCGAACCCAGGAAGUCGUCGCGUGGGGUCUACCAGACCUUUUUUAGCUGGUUCAGUGACCAUAGCAACCCAGGACAAGAUGAUGUAGCACAGAUACUUAAGGACGACCUGUACAGAGACCCUCUGAGAUACUACCUCACUCCACUCUGGGAACCCAGGGAGAACGGCAGUGGUGGCAGCGGGGCCAGAGCAGCUGACAACGGUAAUGGAGGCGAGUGUGUAGUAAUCUCCGACUCAGACGAUGAACCCGGUGAGGAAGCUGGUCAGGCGGAACAAGGCCACAGCAGGGAGGAGGAAGACGAGGAUGAUGAAGAGGAGGAGGAGGAGGAAGAAGAAGAAGAAGAAGAGGAGGAGGAGGAGAGGGGGCCAAGCGCUGAUGAGAGUCCAGAGGAGGAGGAUGAUGGUGGAGAAAUUGUGAUUGACGGCUCUGAUGACAGUGAGCAGGAAGAGGAGGAGGAGGCCUGAAGAGGUUUAUGUCAAAGAAGAAGACGAGUCCUCAAGGGACCAGAGACCAAGAAGAUGAAGAAAAGGCCUAGGUUGACGAAGAGUACCAGAGCAAUGUCAUUUUUAUGCACAUAAUAUCAGUUUUUGUUGUUUUAUACCUAAAAUACAAAGGAGCAUUUUAAAUCAGGGUUAAAUGUAAUAAUAAAGUCAAGGUGGCAUGGUUUCCCCUCAAUUUUAUACAGUCGGGACUGUGUAUUCUGAUUCACUUUUUGCUAAAUGUUUUUUCUUUUCUUUUUCUAAACCAGUUCUUGGGCAUAUUAUGCCAGUCACUUCAUACAAGUAGUGUUUUCUUCUAUUUAGUGAGGAACAUUGUACAACAGCCUGCACACAUGUAGGUGAGAUCAGGAUUGCCGCUACUUGUUGGCAUAACAUUUUGCAAUGCAAAAUCUUCAAAUUAAUGUAGAAACCUUCAGUAGCGUUAUUUUAGAGCUACAAAGAUUGAUCGAUUCAAUUAUUCGCCAACUAUUUUGAUAAUCGAUUAAAUCGGUUUGAGUCAUCUUUUUAUUAAAAGGUAAACAUUUUAUUCUAGCUUAUAGGUUAUUCACGCCUCUGUGACAAUAAACUGAAAAUCUUUUGAGUUGUGAACAAAACUAGACAUUUGCAGCCGUUAUCUUGGGCUUUGGAAAACGCUGAUCAGCAUUUUCUAGACCAAUGAGCUAAUCGACUAUGAAAAAUAAUCGUUAGUUGCAGCCCUACAUUAUUACGUGAUUAUUUCAAGGCAAAGUUUUGGCUGUUUGUAGAAUUGACAAGACAAAAAAAAUGUCAAGUUAAAUUGAUAAUUAUAAUGACAGUACAUUUCAGAUGCACAGUACUGAACCAAAAUCCGCUCUCAGGGAUGAUCAUGGUUGUAGUUUUAUUGGAAGAACCUUACUGAUCUUCAGACAUUUACACUCUGGUUAUGGUUGGCUGUGUAUAAGGAAACGUGUACUCUACUGUAGUAAAUAGGAACAAAUGUUUUAAUAUGCUACCUGUGUUUUUCCUUCUACAUCUAUGUUCAGUCUUGUUACACACCAACCUCCACCCCUGUUAAUCUUUAAACCAUCUCUGAUGUUUAAAAUCAUGGCGUAGUUUGAACAUUUCUGUAGAUUCCACCAUUUUGUAACAUGCUCCUACAAUAAAUAGCUGAGUUUUGUAUUUUUUCCCCCUUAAAACUUAAUUUGAAAUUGCUUUCUAAAACAUUAGUUUUCACGUAAUGUGUUUUAAGGUUUGUGUUAUCUUCUUUUUAAAAAGAUGGUAUUUAUUACACGUUUUUCUACGCGUCCACAGUCGGCAUGCCUGUGAGCAUGAACUGUUAAAGACAGGAUGAUUCCAUCACUUCCAAGGCUUUUUCUGUGCACAGUGUCGGUAAAUGUCAUUAAAUUCACAGCAACAUUAUGGGGUGCACUGUAACAAAACUAGUAUUUGUAUUUGCUUACUUUUCUUAGCAAUGACCUGUAAAUAUUUCAGCAUUGUCUUUUGGAUAAGACAAGUACACGUGUUUAAUCCAUGGAUAAAUUUAUCAAAUAAUCUGGAGAGUUUUUUUUCAUCAACAUAACCAGAAAGUUAUAUUUUGUGUGCUGUGUUUUAUAGAACACUGUAGUUUAAAGAUACCUACUUGUUUGUUGCUUUGGUUCAUUUUGUUUGCUUAAAGAUAAAUGUCCACCUUUUGACCUAAUAAAAUAGGCAGUUGUUUGAA